CUCUCUCCCAUUUGUCCUUAACUCUGAGCACUGAGCAGCAUCUAUCCCAGCUCUACUGCACCAUGAGCAGCCUCGAGCCCGGCCGCUGGCCCCUGGUCCUGGUUCUCCUGCUGCAGCUUCAGUCUGUGAAGGUGCAGCAAAUCGAUCCGAGGCUCCAAUGGCUCAACGGACAGUUUCAACAGUUCCAGGCAUUGACCCAGAAGCGUUUGAACACGUUGGACCUGAUGGGGGAGAGAUGUCUUCAGACCCAAAAUUUCCAAUACAACCAAUUGUCACAGGACCUCAUGAACCUGAAGCAGAGCAUAACACAGGAGAUACUGGGUCUCAGGGGGUGGAGCAGGAAGCUUGAGGAGAAGAGCAACCAGAUAGAGGGUCGUAUGAGUUUGCUGGAGAGUAACCUGAGGGAGACUCGCCGACAAACCCAGGAAAAGAAGCCUGAUCUUGGUCAGGAUUUGUCCAACCUUACCCUGGAGCUUCAGAGCCAAGAGGGCCGGCUGGCUGCCGUUCAAGCCCAGCACGAUGAGCUGCUAUUGGGGCUGAAAGGGUUGCAGGAAUCCCUGAAUAUCCAGGUGCUCCGUUUGACCCAAGUGGAGGGAGGAGGAAACGUCAGUGGUUCAGUGAGACAGGAAGAGGCCCUCAACUCCAACAUCACACACCGAGAAUACCAAGAACCACGUAGAAGAUCCCAGCCCAUAGAGGAGGGAGGCCUGGAAGGAGUCUGAGAGGACAUAACCAACCCAGAGUAGACGAAAUCAGCCCAACCAAGACUGAUAGUCCUUCACAGGAUAGGUCAUAUCAAGACCACACAACAAACCGGCCUAAACAUACAAAAGCCCA